CGGCGCUUAGCAUGGUGGGAGGGAAGCACUGAUUGUUGUCGGUUUGCGGCCGUUUGGCUGAGAACUUGUGGAUUUGGUUUGAAUUUUUUUUCUUUCUGUUGGCGGGUACGAGUGACCGGAGAGCUUCACAGGGUGAAAUAAUGGAACAUGUGCAUUUGGCAGCACUAGAUGAAGAGGAUUUGUAUUCAGGAUACAAUGACUAUAACCCAACUUAUGACACAGAGGAACUGGAGAAUGAUGCAGCUUUUCAGCAAGCUUUGAGGACUAGCCAUGGAAGAAGACCACCUAUGACUGCAAAAAUACCAAAUACUGCAGCAGGUACACGUUCCUUUGGGAAUAUGGGGGCAAGAAUGCCAUUGGCUUCUUCAAUGGGAAGGCCAGCAACUGGGAGUAUUCCGGAUGGAAUCUCUGUUGCUAGACCAAUGACAGCAGUGCGUGCAGCAGGCUAUUCUUCUUCAGUCUACAGAGGGUCUGCAUUUGAUCCACUUGGGCAAUCAAGAGGGCCUGCUGCUCCUCUUGAAACAAAGAAUGAAGACACGCCAGAAGAAAAAGUUAAGAAUUUGGAAAAGACUGUGAAUGAGUUGAUCGAAGAAAGUUGUAUUGCUAAUGGGCGUGGUGACCUACAGUUGGCAUUAGAAAAAGCAAAAGAAGCGGGGAGGAAAGAAAGGAUGCUGGUGAGACAGAGAGAGCAAACAGCAUCUGCAGAUCACAUCAAUCUGGAUCUUACUUAUUCAGUUCUUUUCAAUUUAGCCAGCCAAUAUGCAGCAAAUGACAUGUAUGCCGAAGCAUUAAAUACCUAUCAGGUGAUUGUAAAAAACAAGAUGUUCAAUAAUGCAGGUCGGCUUGAAGGUAAACAUGGCAAAUAUUUACUUCAACAAAGGAAUUAUCAGGCAAUAAAAUUUUAUCGAAUGGCACUGGAUCAGAUAUCGAGUUCCCACAAGGAGAUGAGGAUUAAAAUAAUGCAGAACAUUGGAGUUGUUUUUGUCAAAAUGGGACAAUACUCUGAUGCUAUUACGUCCUUUGAGCAUAUUAUGAGCGAAAGCCCAAAUUUAAAAACCAGCUUUAAUCUUAUUCUGUGCUACUUUGCUAUUGGUGAUCGUGAAAAGAUGAAGAAAGCAUUCCAGAAACUGAUAGUGGUCCCGCUUAGUAUUGAUGAAGAUGACAAAUACAUUCCACCAAAUGAUGAUCCACAUAUGAAUCUAGUAAUUGAAGCUAUCAAGAAUGAUCCACUCAGGCAAAUGGAGCGUGAAAGGAAAGCAAUGGCAGAGAGAUUUAUUAUGACUGCAGCUAAGUUGAUAGCACCUGCAAUUGAAACAUCUUUUGCUGCUGGAUAUGACUGGUGUGUGGAAAUGGUAAAGGCUUCCCAAUACGUUGAGCUAGCUAAUGACCUAGAAAUUAACAAAGCCAUUACUUACCUGAGACAGAGGGAUUUUAACCAGGCUGUAGAGACUCUGAAAAUGUUUGAGAAAAAGGAUAGCAGGGUUAAGAGUGCAGCUGCAACAAAUCUCUCUUUCCUUUACUUUUUGGAAAAUGAUUUUGGACUUGCAGACAGAUACGCAGACCUUGCUAUGAUUGCUGAUCGAUAUAACCCAGCAGCACUGACUAAUAAAGGAAACUGUGUUUUUGCACGUGGUGACUAUGAGAAAGCAGCUGAGUUUUAUAAGGAAGCCCUGCGGAAUGAUUCAUCUUUUACUGAGGCACUCUAUAACUUGGGUCUUACUUACAGGAAGUUGAACAGACUGGAGGAGGCUUUGGAUUGUUUCUUGAAGCUCCAUGCAAUCAUGAGAAACAGUGCUCAAGUUAUGUACCAGAUUGCAAAUUUAUAUGAAACGUUGGAGGAUCUACCUCAAGCCAUUGAAUGGCUCAUGCAGUUGAUUAGUGUUGCCCCCACCGACCCACAGGCACUUGCUAAAUUAGGGGACCUGUAUGACAGUGAGGGAGAUAAGUCUCAAGCUUUCCAGUAUUAUUAUGAGUCAUUUAGAUAUUUCCCUUCAAACAUCGAAGGAAUUGAGUGGCUUGGGGCCUACUACAUUGACACACAAUUCUGUGAAAAAGCUAUUCAGUACUUUGAAAGGGCAGCACUCAUCCAACCUACUCAAGUGAAAUGGCGAUUAAUGGUGGCUAGUUGUUACAGAAGAAGUGGUAACUACCAAAAGGCAUUGGAAACAUACAAAGAUAUUCACCGGAAGUUCCCAGAAAAUAUUGAAUGUUUGCGCUUUCUAGUUCGCCUCUCUACAGAUAUGGGGCUGAAAGAGGUUCAGGAAUAUGCCACAAAACUGAAGAAAGUUGAGAAACAGAAGGAAUUAAGAGAACAGCGUGUGAGAUCUGGCAGAGAUGGCAGUGCUCGUGGACGUAGAGAGGGCAGUGCUGGUAGUGAAAAUGGACAAAAUAGCCAUGUUAGCAGUGCCAAAGGAGAAAGGAUGAGUGCCAAGUUGAGGACACUACCAGGAGUUAAUGAUCCUUAUGAAACCAGCACUAAUAAAGAUAUAGAUGCAUCAUAUGUGGAUCCACUUGGCCCACAAAUUGAACGCCCCAAAACUGCAGCUCGAAAACGCAUUGAAGAAGAUGAAUUUGCAGAUGAAGAACUAGGAGAUGAUUUGUUACCAGAGUAAUGACUGCAGUCUCCAAAUAGAA